AUGACCACGAGUCUAAUAAAUGCAGAUUUUAAUACAAGCAUGGAUAUCCGACCAAAUCAUACAAUUUACAUCAACAAUUUAAAUGAAAGUAUAAAGAAAGAUGAACUAAAGAAAUCUCUUUAUGCCAUAUUUUCUCAAUUUGGACAAAUUUUAGAUAUAGUGGCCUUAAAAACACUCAAGUGCCGUGGACAGGCCUUUGUCAUUUUUAAAGACAUCAACAGUGCUACAAAUGCUUUACGAUCAAUGCAGGGUUUUCCAUUUUAUGAUAAGCCAAUGAGAAUCCAGUAUUCCAAAAAAGAUUCUGAUAUUAUUGCCAAGAUGAAAGGUACUUAUGUAGAACGUCCCAAAAAGAAGAAAGAAGAUGAACCAGAAACAAGAAAAAGAAAAAAAGGCUCCUCACAGCAAGCAGCUGUUAAAGCCCAAGCAGCUGGUAUGGUUUCUUCUGUUCAGUCAAUGUCAACAAUUUCAGCUCAGCCCCUGCCACAACAGCAGCAACAAGUCCUCCAACAAAUGCAACAGCCUGUCAUGCAAAAUCCUGCAGCAAUGGCAGCACCAAAUGCCAUUCCAGAACAACCACCAAAUCAAAUUCUUUUCUUAACCAAUCUUCCUGAGGAAACAAAUGAAAUGAUGUUGUCCAUGUUGUUCAACCAGUUCCCUGGUUUUAAAGAAGUCAGGUUGGUGCCAGGACGUCAUGACAUUGCAUUUGUGGAAUUUGAAAAUGAAAUGCAGGCUGGUGCUGCAAAAGAUGCCCUGCAGGGCUUCAAGAUCACUCCAAAUAAUGCCAUGAAAAUCACAUUUGCCAAAAAGUAG